UUUUUCUUAAAGCAGUAAUAAGCAGAAUUGGAAGCUGAUAAUGAUGAGGAAGGAUGAAUCUACAGAAGCGCCAGAGCGGUUUGAAUAUUUACAAUCACUAGUCACUGAAUUUCAGAACACCGACAGUGAAGAGGCAAAAGAGCAAGUUCUGGCCAACCUCGCCAACUUUGCAUAUGACCCAAAGAACAUGGAGUAUCUGCGGGAGCUGCAGGUGCCUGACCUCUUCUUGGAUAUGCUAACCGAGGAGAACGAGAACUUUAUAGAGUUUGGCAUGGGCGGGCUGUGUAACCUCAGCAUGGACCCUGAAUGUAGAGACGUCAUCCUGCAGAGCGGCGGCAUCAGCCUGGUUACAAACUGCCUGUCCAACAGGCGGGAAGAGACCGUCCUGUCGGCCAUCACCACCCUCAUGAACCUCGCCACGCCCACAACUCGUUCCCAGAUCUCAGAGCCGGGAAUCCUGCAGUGCAUGCUGCGCUUCUCGCUCGCAGAGAGCCCACGUCUGCGCAACCUGGCGACUGUGUUCCUGCAGGACUGCUGCAGCGAGGAGCAGGUGAGGCAGGCUCAGCAGCACAUGCAGGGAUGCCAGACUGCAGUUGGGAUCCCGCUGCCCAAAGAAUGAGGACUCAAUGUGACUCUUUGUUCCUAAAACAAGGCUCAGCCUUUUCUCUCAAAAGCCCUCUGUGAGACACUGCAGACUGGGGUUUGCUUUUUUAGCCCCAUUAAUGCAGUCUGGACUUAACUCUGUGGGACUCUGGAUGAGGGUGAGGUCAGGUUUUGUCGCCUGGCCACUCUAGGUCUUUCACACCCAAGUGGAAAAAAACCUUGGAAAGAGAUGGUGUUUGUGUGCAGGGUGGAGCAGGAAGAGGACAAAAACAGCUUCCACAAAAUUGUAGAUGUAAAAUGACUGUUGGUUUGUCCACGUGCAGUUUUACAGAUUCUUCAGUCUGUAAGUGGGAAAACAAAUCGACCAGAGAGGUUGGAACCAUCUACGGAAAGCAAACAUGUAUAAUAAAGACAAAAAUCUGAAAAAAGUCCCAUGAUAAGCAGAUCAAAUAGUGAAACAAAUAAAACUUUGCGUUGCUCAUUAAAAUGAUCUAAACGAAGAGUUUAUUGGGAUUUAACCAAACCAGGACAGGUCAGAUGCUUCAUGUGCUGAUGCAUUUUGGUUGAACUUCUGUGGGAUUCUAUAAUAAAAGAACCUGAUGCAAGUUCGUUUUCUGUUAUUUUUCUGCUUUAAAAGGAAACCAGGAAUAAUUUUUUUUUGCAGCAGAACAGAAUCAUCUGCAGAAGAACUUACUUUGUUGGGUUUUAGGGUUAAAAAAUGAAAGCAUAUAAAAUUGCUUACUCCACCUUUUCUGACCAGCUGUUAAACGGUUUUAAAUUGAUUGAAUUUAUCUGGCAGAUUGUCACAAAUGAAAAGCAUGAUGAGCAUAAUGAGAGCUUAGAGGAAGAAAAAACAGGGAGAAAAAAGAAGCCAAGGCAAAGAGUAGCAGUAAAUGACCUAAUCUAUUGACUCCUCUCUGCUCUUACUAAGGUUUUCAGUCACACUGAUGAUCCAAUAUGUUUAAAUAGCUGCUACAUUUCCUUUUCAGUCUUUUGAAAAAGCACCAAUAAAAUAUGGU